UAAAAAACUACUGUAACAAGUAAGGCGUUUGUGACAGUGACAAGCACUAAAGUUUAGGUGUGGUCAAACACACAACAGUACAAAGACAACACUUUAAUCCAUCAUCAUUUAAUUUAAUUUAAAAAAAUCAAAAUGAGUAACCUUUGUUGUAAAUCUAGAUCUAGAUCUAGAUCUAGAUCUACGUGGUUUGUGAUACUGUGUUUAACGGUGAAUUAUUUUCAUACUGGAUUUGCUACGAGUGAUGUUGACCCCACAGACUCAGAGGCAAGAAGUGUUGCCAACAGCUUCAACCAAAAUCUCGGUGACCAAAAAUUAAGUAAACCUACAGUAACUGAUGGUGAUUCAGUAGAAAUAGACACAUCAUUAAAGAAAGAAAGUAAAGAGAUUCAGCCUCCGAAGCUGCCAGAAAAUUCAGAUGAUGAUAAAAAUGACAAGUUGAUCUCUCAAACCCCCACAGAUCUGCAACAAGAGCUUGCAGAUGUUGAUAUUGACCAACCUUCAGCAGAUGACAAGCAAAACUCUCAAACGGAAAAUAAAAAACCAUCAGUUGAAGUGCAGCCCACUAAUAGAGAUCCACCACAACUUGCAGAUGUUGUUCAGCUUUUGGAGAAUGAUGAUAGUGAUAAGGUGAACUCUCAAAUAGCUAUUGAAAAUAAAAAAUCAUCAGUUGAAGUGCAGCCAACAGAUAAAGAUCCACCACAACUUGCAGAUGUUGUUCAGCUUUUGGAGAAUGAUGAUAGUGAUAAGGUGAACUCUCAAAUAGAUAAUAAAAAUAAAAAAUCAUCACUUGAAGUGCAGCCCACUAAUAGAGAUCCACCACAACUUGCAGAUGUUGACCAGCUUUUGGAGAAUGAUGAUAGUGAUAAGGGGAACUCUCAAACGGAAAGUAAAAAAUCAUCAGUUGAAGUGCAGCCCACUAAUAGAGAUCCACCACAACUUGCAGAUGUUGACCAGCUCUUGGAGAAUGAUGAUAAUGAUAAGGUGAACUCUCAAACGGAAAGUAAAAAAUCAUCAGUUGAAGUGCAGCCCACUAAUAGAGAUCCACCACAACUUGCAGAUGUUGACCAGCUCUUGGAGAAUGAUGAUAAUGAUAAGGUGAACUCUCAAACGGAAAGUAAAAAAUCAUCAGUUGAAGUGCAGCCCACUAAUAGAGAUCCACCACAACUUGCAGAUGUUGACCAGCUCUUGGAGAAUGAUGAUAAUGAUAAGGUGAACUCUCAAACGGAAAGUAAAAAAUCAUCAGUUGAAGUGCAGCCAACAGAUAAAGAUCCACCACAACUUGCAGAUGUUGACCAGCUUUUGGAGAAUGAUGAUAGUGAUAAGGUGGACUCUCAAAUAGAUAAUAAAAAUAAAAAAUCAUCAGUUGAAGUGCAGCCCACAGAUAAAGAUCCACCACAACUUGCAGAUGUUGACCAGCUUUUGGAGAAUGAUGAUAGUGAUAAGGUGCGAACAUCAGUUGAAGAGAAACCCACUGAAAAAGAUCUGCCCCAGCGUGCAGAUGGGUAUCGCCAAUUUCUGGGUAAUAAUGACAAAGACAAGUCAAGUAUUCAAACAGCUAAUGAUAAUGGAAUAAAAAAAACAUCAGAUGACAUGGAGCCCACUAAAACAGACCCGCCACUACUUGCAGAUGUUGACCAAUUUUUGGAGAACGAUGAUCAAGAUCAAUCAAACUCUCAAACUGUCAAUGAAAACGAAAUUAUUAAACCAACUGAAGCGCAGUCCCAGCUUAACGAUGUUAAAGAUGAACUUGCAGAUGAUAAAGAUGAUAAUUCUAACUCUGAAACAGUCACAGAUAGUGGUAUACCAGGUGUAGAUUACGAUGCAGCAGAUGACAAGCAAGAUUCUGAUACAUCUCCUGAAAAUAAAUUUGUUCCUAACUCUGCUGAAAAGAAAAAGAUGUAUCCAUAUCAACGUUCUCAGUUUCCUCAAGGAAAUUUAAAUCCCAAUGAAAAUGUUCCACCGUCAAAUUCAAAUUCUGUCUAUAAAUCGUACAACAAACCUUCUCAAGCAGCAGCUCCAACGGAUAGUCAAGACGAGGAUGAUGAUGAACCAGAUGAAAACCAAGAUGCAGACCUAGAGAAAAUGACAGUAAAUGGAGGCCGUACACAACCAGUGGCUAAUAAUAAUAGUCCAUUGUAUGAUGAAACAGAUUUAACUAGCUUAUACAAUAAUGUAGUAGCUAAUGAUGGACACUCUGAGCCUAUUAAGAACUUAACCAAUCAACCUCUAGCUGACAGUCUUCAGUUGUACAAUACAUCUGGUCUGUUGUCAAGGUGGGGCCCUCCUGAGAAGUUUCCUUUCAUAGAUUCAGAUCAUAAUACAAGUAACAGUGACCUCUCUAGAUACCAGUAUGUGAAAGAAGAGGAAAAUGCUAAACAGAGGCAGGAAAUGGAUUACAGUCAGCAGCAGUUUGGUAACCUGAAUCAGGUACAAAAUGGCUUCAGAGAUUUGCAGCCAAGCUAUGGAAACAACAAUCAGGCACAGAAGAGUUACUAUAAAUUAGAGAAGAUUAAUGUGGGGAAUCCGCAACAGCAGAGUUUACCCCAAAAUAUUGGGGAAUGGCUUAACCAGGAUAUACCAGGCUAUCGAAACUUGCAGGAUAAACAGGUAGAUGAAAUAAAUCAAGGUUUGCAGCAGAAUAAUGUGGAUCGCAAUACUCAGAUAGGACAAGUAAAUCAAAGUGUUCCACAAAACAAUGUGUAUCCCAAUAAUCAGAUUGGACAAAUAAAUAAACAACAAAACAAUGUGUAUCCCAAUAAUCAGAUUGGCCAAUUAAAUAAACAACAAAACAAUGUGUAUCCCAAUAAUCAGAUUGGACAAAUAAAUCAAGGUUUACAACAUAACAAUGUGUAUCAGGUAAAUCAACUUCAAGGUUUACAGCAAAAUGAUGUGGAUCGCAAUAAUCAGAUAGGUCAAGUAAAUCAAAGUGUUCCACAAAACAAUGUGUAUCCCAAUAAUCAGAUUGGCCAAUUAAAUAAACAACAAAACAAUGUGUAUCCCAAUAAUCAGAUAGGUCAAGUAAAUCAACUUCAAGGUUUACAGCAAAAUGAUGUGUAUCCCAAUAAUCAGAUAGGUCAAGUAAAUAAACAACAAAACAAUGUGUACCCCAAUAAUCAGAUAGGUCAAGAAAAUCAAGGUUUGCAGCAAAAUGAUGUAGAUCCUAAUAAUCAAAUUGGACAAAUAAAUAGACAACAAAACAAUGUGUAUCCCAAUAAUCAGAUUAAUCAAGUAAAUCAACUUCAAGGUUUACAGCAAAAUGUUGUGGAUCCCAAUAAUCAGUUUAAUCAAGAGUAUCAAGGUUUACAGCAAAAUGAUGUGAAUACAAUUAAUCAGAUUGGACGAAUAAAUCAAGGUUUACAACAUAGCAAUGUGUAUCCCAAUAAUCAGAUUAAUCAAGUAAAUCAACUUCAAGGUUUACAGCAAAAUGAUGUGGAUCCCAAUAAUCAGAUUGGUCAAGAAAAUCAAGGUAUAAAGCAAAAUAAUGAGUAUCCCAAUAAUAGGAUUAAUCAAGUAAAUCAAGGAUCACAGCAAAAUAAUGAGUAUCCCAAUAAUAGGAUUAAUCAAGUAAAUCAAGGAUCACAGCAAAAUAAUGAGUAUCCCAAUAAUCAAAUAGGUCAAAUAAACCGAGCUUUACAGCAAAACAAUAUGGAUCUUAAUAAUCAGGAAAAUCAAGUAAAUCAAGGGUUACAACAAAAUACAGAUGUUAAUAAUCAGCCAAAUCAAGAAAAUCAAGGGUUACAACAAAAUAUAGAUGUUAAUAAUCAGCCAAAUCAAGAAAAUCAAGGGUUACAACAAAAUAUAGAUGUUAAUAAUCAGCAAAAUCAAGUAAAUAAAGGGUUACAACAAAAUAUAGAUGUUAAUAAUCAGAUUGGUCAAGUAAAUCAAGGGUUACAACAAAAUAUAGAUGUUAAUAAUCAGCAAAAUCAAGUAAAUCAAGGGUUACAACAAAAUAUAGACGUUAAUAAUGAGCAGAAUCAAGUAAAUCAAGAGUUACAACAAAAUAUAGAUGUUAAUAAUCAGCUGAAUCAAGUAAAUCAAGGAUUUCAGAAAAAUAUGGAAGAAUUAUCAAAUGAGCAAAAUCAAAUUUUACAACAACCCAUCUACCAAAAUUUAAAACAAAACAAUAUUGAUUCAACCAAUCAACUGCAUCCAAUUAUUCAAGAUUUACAACAAAACAAUGAUCAAAAUGGCCAGCAACUUUAUGAGAAUUCACAGCAAGUGAAUGAUGUCCCUUAUAAUCAAGAGAAGCCAAACUAUCAAAGUCUACAACAGAGGGUAGAACCCAGCUACCAAGACUCUGAAGAUGAAAAUGUCAAGAAUGUAAAAUUAGAAGAUGACCUCGAGUUGGACGCCUGGCUGAAAGAACCAUCUAAUUUGUCCAUAGGUGACCCCAGCUAUUCAAGCACUGCCAAUCCUGUUGAUGGAAUAAAUUAUGACGAUACUGAUACAUACCUGUAUGAUGACAGUAGUUAUUAUCAGGAACCUGAAGCUAUGUUGAGGAGUGAUGAUGAUGACGAUUAUAAUAUUGAACAAACAGAAGAAACAACGAAACUGUUCAAUAAAUUACCUCUAAACAGUUGGACAUAUAACCCUGGGGUUGACCGUGAUGAUGAAUCGACAAGAGACAUGGAUGAAGAUCAGAAGAAACAGAAUCAGCAUGAAGAUACUGUGGAUGAUGAUGAUGAUGAGAAAUACGGUUUAGAUAAUGAUAAAGACGAUGAUGAUGAAUAUAUGCGUGAGGAGUCCAACAAACUAUGGACAGAGGAAAAAUCUGAAGAGAAAGAGGCAGAACCAGAAAGGACUGAAUCUGAUGACUUUAACGUGGAAGGAGAUAAUUUCAACAGCGUAGACCCAAGCAAGAAAGGCCCCACAGCACCAUCAGGGAUGGUGCUGGUGUACACUUGGAUUAUUGUAGCUAUUCUCAUUGCUGUUGUGGCUAUAUCCACAUACCAGGCACGCUUUAAAGCAUUUAUACUGCCGUAUUUCAAAAAGUCAAGCCCAUGCCAUGGAGAAGACAAGAAACGUCUGCUGGAUCAUGAGUUUGUUUAAAUCAGGUUGUGAAGAUCAUAACACUCUACUGUGUUUAGAAGAUCAUAACACUGUACUGUGUUUAGAAGAUCAUAACACUGUACUGUGUAUUGUUGGCAAGUUUUCUCACAGCUCUCUUGAGUCUUAACCUAGAUUUUUUUUUGUUGGUGUGUCAUUUGAUAUGUGUCCUUUGACAUGUGUCAUUUUAUGUGUUGGUGAUGUCAUUACUCUCUCUGGUUGCUCAGUACAGGUUGUUUAUGAUUUGACUACAAUGGCGAUAAGUUAUAAUGAUGUAUUGUUCACAUGAAGCCAAAACUUGUUAUUAAUGUGGUAUUUACUAGAUGUAUUAUAAGAGCUGAGAGAUUUGUUCUAAACAUACCAUUUGAAUUCAAAGAUCUCACUCCACUGUAUGUACAUAAGAAUGUAUGAGAUACACCAGCAGUAUAGAAUCUCUGAUCUAUUUUUUUAAACUUCAUAACCUGAAUUUUUGUAGGGUUGGCACUGUUCUUUAAGAGUAAGAAUUGUUCCUUCAUGUCAUAGAUUGUUGUGUUAGGUGAGAAGGUUGUGAAAGAUGGGAGUACUUGUGUCCCAACUUUGAUGUUCUAGAUGGUUCAACAUAUUUUGACAAUAGAUCUUGAUAUUUUUUAACAGUUUGCAAACACCUCCCAUCUUAGGUUGUUUUUUUUACCGUAAAAAGUAACAAAUGGACUAUUAUUAAUAAAUUUAAAUAACAAUUUUAUUUUUGGAAAUUAACAAAAAAUGUAUACUGAAAUUUUUAGAGUUUAAAAGUAAAAAUAGGUGUAUUAUAUUAAAAAGGUGUUGUUUUAUUUUUGUUUUAAAAAAGUAAUCAAGAAGUAUAAAUAAUAAUAUUUUAAUCUUACUUAGGACUAAGUAUUUUGUCUUGUGAGUUUAAUUUUGUACAUAAUAAAGUGCCUUAUGGAAAGUU